UGCAUUUUUCGACGUCAAACGAGCACAACGAAUAAGUCGCGAAACCACAGCGAGUGAGAAUAAUAAAAAUAUUGCAAGAAAUAUUUAAAAUAAUAAAAACAAAAAUAAAAAUAAAUAAAAAAUAAAAAAUAAAAAAUUAAAAAAGCAAUAGUGAACUAAACAACAAACGUUGUCAUAAACCUUUAUUAGCGAUUUUAUAAAAAUAACGUUUGUUGGUAGCAAAGCAAAAUAGCUCAUAAAUCUUAAACGAUAGAAGUACUGAGCGCUCAUAUACUUUCCGUAAAGUACAGCGAAGUUGAUAAAACAAUCUACAGCCAAUCUGCGGCUAAGAUAAGCAUAAGCGCCCAGGUGAAAACUUACAAAUUUAAAACUCAAAGAAAUGAAUAAAUUCGCGGUGAACGCGCAGAUAGAGCGCGAUUAAGUGGACAGCAGGCAUAGUGUGCGCGCAACACCAGCGCUAGUGAAAAACGCCGCGUCAAGGACAAUAACUGAGCGCCGCGCUUAAAGUUUUUAAAAAAAUAUAGACGCUUAAAUUAAAGUGUACAGUUUUUGUAGCGCGCUACUAUGUUUUCGCUCGCUAAACUUUGCGCGCUCUGCGCUGUGCUAAGCAUUUUCGCUGGGCUACCGCGCGCCGCGCAGUGCGAUUCUUCAUACUACGAAAAGUAUUACACAGCGCGCCGCUUUAUACCGCUCAAGCGCAACUCGCUGAUACCGUAUAACUUUAGCGUUUCGCUUAACGAACAACCGCUGGCCAGCUAUGAGCUCGUCGCUAUGGUCGGCGAUGUCAAACAGUUGGGCGCUUGGCGCGCCGACAAGGCGAUCCUAUUGAAUCGCACGCAGGAUCAUCGCGUGUGGACGGCCGGCGUAGCGCUGCCGGUGAACACCACCAUCAAUUAUCGCUACUUCAUUGCGGCCAUAGACAAUACAACGGGUGUAGUGCAGGUGCGCCGCUGGGAAUCACAUAUAAAUGCGCGCAGCUUUCAAGUGGGCACUGUGGCGGGCAAUCGCAGCGACACAUGCGGUUGGAUCGAUCCGCAGCGGCGUGAACUGCAACGCGGUUGGCUAAAUGCGGGCAAUAUUGUACAAUUCAAGCUGUUUCGCAAUCCGUUGCAAGUGAAUGAAACGAGUGCGGGUAAUGAGGAGUUGCGUUUCAAGUUGCAGCCGGUCGAGCCGUGUCGCUUGUCCGCCAUAUUGCCCUCGGCGAAGGCGCACACAGAGUACGUGCGUAUGGUGUACGGUGACAGUUACUUGCGCACGCAACCGGAGUUUGGUGUGCCCUACAAGCCCAACGAUAUAUUGAUAUUUCAGACGACAGUGUCGCAGUUGGAUACUGUCGCGUAUCUGUUGAAGCUGUACGCGACACAGAAUGAUAAUGAGCUUGUGCGUUUGAUAGGCUAUCAGUAUAUAUAUCCGGAGUUUUUGAAAGGCACCGAAGGCCGUUUCACUAUCAAUCUCUUAUCGCCCGUGUGGCUAAAUGCUAUCGGCAGUUUGGAUGUACAGUAUUUGGUAAUUAAACCCUUGCCGAACUCGACUGUCGAUUUUCAUACUUCUUUUGUGGAUUACUGGCGCAGCAAUUGGACGUCAUUGGAUGUGGGACAUCGUGGUUUGGGUAAGAGUCUGAAGCAGGCAACUAAUGCGCCAGCAAUAAUUGAGAAUACGGUGGCGUCUAUGAAGGCCUCCACAGAGCUGGGCGCUGAUUUGGUCGAAUUCGAUGUGAUGUUAACUAGCGAUUUGGUGCCAGUGAUUUACCAUGACUACUACAUCUAUGUUUGUAUGGAUCCCAAGACGCCCACCAGCAAAGCUGAUCUCACCGAAGUACUAAUCAAAGAUAUCACCUAUGAGCAGUUAAAGAAUUUGAAAACCUAUCAGGUGGUGGGCAAUAAGAUCAUCGAAUAUCCGGCGCACAAUAAUGUGGAGCAAGAGGAUCAACGACUCUUCCCGCUGUUUGAAGAUUUCCUCACCAAAGUGAAUAAGUCGGUGGGUUUCAACAUUGAAAUCAAAUGGCCGCAGCUGACAGUGAAUGGUGAGCUCGAAAGCGUACAAACUAUCGAUAAGAAUACCUAUGUGGACCGCAUAUUGGAUGUGAUGUUGCGUCACGGUUGCGGUCGUCUGAGCUUCUUCUCAAGUUUCGAUGCCGACAUUUGCACGCUGUUGCGUUACAAACAGAAUAUAUAUCCGGUCAUGUUUCUCUCAUCCACCAUACUCGGCGUUUAUGCGGAUCCACGCGCGGACACACUGUACGACACCAUCAAUAAUGCGCAAGCUUUCGACUUGGCUGGCAUUGUGCCAAAUGCCGUGCAUAUAAAGAACGAUCCAAAAUGGAUUAAAAUAGCGAAAAGGCAGGGUAAAAAGGUCUUCCUUUGGGGUGAUGAGCUCAAGAAUACCGAAACGAUUGAAUGGUUCAAGGCGCAAGCUCCAACUGGUGUGAUUUAUGAUCGUGUGGACUUAUGGUUGCCAGCGAAUAAGCGUAGCGCUUUCGAGCUCGAAGCUGAUUUGCCCGAUUUCUUCCGUUUGCAAUGUUCGCCGAAUCAGCAGAAACCUGUGAACUCAACUAUCGAGAGUAUACUUAGUAAUGUGAAUUUGUUGUAGUUCUUUUGCCUAGUGUUAAUUUGUUUGUAGGUCUUUUGUUGUACAACAAGUAAAACUUGGUUUGAAUGUUCCUUAUUUUCUUGUGUGAAAA